AUGUCCGGAUUCAACGGCCGUCGGGCCCCCAACUUCUCCCAAUAUCUCGAUGAUUUGAAUGCCAUUCCUUCGCCAUACGAUCAGGCCCUUCAGCAGCAACAUCAAGAUUCAUACAACCUCGAGGAUGAACUGUCGCUCUUCACCAAUACCGAAUUCUUCGAUUUCGACAAGUUCGGCGAUCUCAAUCUGCCCAACUUUGACUCGCUGGAGGACAACACAGUCAAGAAGGAAACAGCGCAAGAUGCCAGUUCUGACAUGGACUUUUUGAACAUUCUGGGAGCUUCAACGGUUGCUUCAACCAUCAACGCUCGUCAAUGUGCUCUUCCCAUACCUUCCCCCCGCCAUCCUCCUCUGCCCUUUUUUUUCUUUUUUCCU